AUGGCUCUGCGCGCUCGGGCGCUGUAUGACUUCAGGUCGGAGAACCCGGGCGAGAUCUCGCUGCGGGAGCACGAGGUGCUGAGCCUGUGCAGCGAGCAGGACAUCGAGGGCUGGCUCGAGGGCGUCAACAGCCGUGGCGACCGGGGCCUCUUCCCGGCUUCGUACGUGCAAGUGAUCCGUGCCCCGGAGCCCGGCCCGGCGGGCGACGGCGGCCCGGGAGCCCCGGCCCGCUACGCCAACGUGCCGCCCGGCGGCUUCGAGCCCCUGCCCGCCGCACCGCCCACCUCCUUCAAGCCACUGCCGGACGCCUUCCAGCCGCUGCUGCAAGCGCAGCAGACGCCGCCGCCCAGCACCUUCCAGCCGCCCGGCGCGGGCUUUCCGUACGGCGGGGGCGCCCUGCAGCCGUCGUCCCAGCAGCUUUAUGUUGGCGGCGGCUAUCAGGCCAGCCAGGGCAGCGACGAUGACUGGGACGACGAGUGGGAUGACAGCUCCACGGUGGCCGACGAGCCGGGCGCACUGGGCAGCGGCGCGUACCCAGAUCUCGACGGCUCGUCGUCGCGCUCGGACCUGUCCCUGGGCUCCCGCGGCAGCUCGGCGCCCCCGCACCAUCUGCAGCAUCACCCGUCGGGGGCCAAGAGCUCGGCCACGGUGAGCCGCAACCUCAACCGCUUCUCCACCUUCGUCAAGUCGGGCGGGGAGGCUUUUGUGCUGGGCGAGGCGUCAGGCUUCGUCAAGGAUGGGGACAAGCUGUGCGUGGUCCUGGGACCCUAUGGUCCUGAGUGGCAGGAGAACCCCUACCCGUUCCAGUGCACCAUCGAUGAUCCCACCAAACAGACCAAGUUCAAGGGCAUGAAGAGCUACAUCUCCUACAAGCUGGUGCCCACGCACACACAGGUACCGGUGCACCGGCGCUACAAGCACUUCGACUGGUUGUACGCGCGCCUGGCCGAGAAGUUCCCGGUCAUCUCGGUGCCCCACCUGCCCGAGAAGCAGGCCACCGGUCGCUUCGAGGAGGACUUCAUCUCCAAGCGCCGGAAAGGCCUCAUCUGGUGGAUGAAUCACAUGGCCAGCCACCCAGUGCUGGCGCAGUGCGACGUCUUCCAGCAUUUCCUGACGUGCUCCAGCAGCACCGACGAGAAGGCCUGGAAACAGGGCAAGAGGAAGGCGGAGAAGGACGAGAUGGUGGGCGCCAACUUCUUCCUGACCCUCAGCACGCCCCCCGCUGCGGCUCUGGACCUGCAGGAGGUGGAGAGCAAGAUCGACGGCUUUAAGAGCUUCACCAAGAAGAUGGACGACAGCGCGCUGCAUCUCAACCACACCGCCAACGAGUUCGCACGCAAGCAGGUGACUGGCUUCAAGAAGGAGUAUCAGAAAGUAGGCCAGUCCUUCCGGGGCCUCAGCCAGGCUUUCGAGUUGGACCAGCAAGCCUUCUCGGCUGGCCUGAACCAGGCCAUCGCCUUCACCGGAGAUGCCUACGACGCCAUCGGCGAGCUCUUUGCUGACCAGCCCAGGCAGGACCUGGACCCAGUCAUGGACCUCUUAGCGCUGUAUCAGGGGCAUCUGGCCAACUUCCCGGACAUCAUCCAUGUGCAGAAAGGAGCUCUUACCAAAGUAAAGGAGAGUAGAAGACACGUGGAGGAAGGGAAGAUGGAGGUCCAGAAGGCAGAUGGCAUUCAAGAUCGCUGUAACACUAUUUCUUUUGCCACUUUGGCUGAAAUCCACCACUUCCAUCAAAUUCGAGUAAGAGACUUUAAAUCACAGAUGCAGCAUUUCUUACAACAACAAAUAAUAUUUUUCCAGAAAGUGACCCAGAAGUUGGAAGAAGCUCUUCACAAAUAUGAUAGUGUUUAA